GUUGGGUGCAACGAAAAGGUCGGCGGAGUUCUCCGAGGUGAUUUUGGUGUUGAUUCCUUGAUGGACAUGAAGCGCAUGAGGCGGUCUCCGCCAGCUGCCGAUCCGGAGAGCGAUGGAGCUCUUCGCCCGGCCGCCAUUGUGGCCGCUACCGAGAAGAAGCCGCGGGGCAUCGCCCACCAGCGACCCGGCUCUCUCCUCCUCCUCCUCCUCCUCCUCCUCCUCUUCGUCCUGUUUCUCCUCUUCGCCAUCUUUUCCGGCGGCCAUCGGAGCCUCCUACUCGAUCGCUCCCUCGCUGCCAGAUAUGAAGUCCUAGAAGAGACCGUGCAAGGUUUUGGGAACGGCACAAUUCCUUCCUUUGUUGCUGCAAAAGACAAACUUCUUCAUGGCUUGCUGGCUGCUGGAUUCGACGACCAGUCCUGCCUCAGCAGGUACCACUCCGUAUUUUUCCGCAAAGAAUCACCUCACAUUCCAUCUCCCUACUUGUUGAAAAAACUUAGAAAGUAUGAAUCUCUCCAUGAAAAAUGCGGUCCAAAUGGUCAAUUCUACAAGCAAUCUACAGAACAAUUGAGGUCUGGCCAUGGUUCUCGAUCCGCAGAAUGCAAGUAUGUUGUAUGGAUUUCAUACAGUGGGUUAGGGAACAGGAUGCUAUCCCUUUCAUCUGCCUUUUUGUAUGCUCUCCUUGCAAACAGAGUCCUGCUCGUCGACAAAGGUUCCGACAUGAACGACCUCUUCUGUGAGCCUUUUCCUGCAAAUUCAUGGAUUCUGCCUCCUGACUUUCCUAUAAAAGAAUUCACCAACUUUGACAUUAAGACCCCAACAAGCUAUGCCAACAUGUUGAGAAGCAAGGCCAUCACUAACCAUAUCGAUGGAGCUUCAACACACUCUCUACCUGCCUAUACUUAUCUCCACCUAUCCCAUGAUUACGACGUGUUUGACAAGCUUUUCUUCUGCGAAGAUGAUCAGAGAGUGCUCGAUAACAUUCCUUGGUUGCUGUUGAGAUCGAACAACUACUUUGUGCCAUCCCUGUUUCUGGUUCCGACAUACAAGGAAGAGCUAAGGAAGCUCUUUCCUGAGAAAGAUACCGCCUUUCAUCAUUUGGGACGAUAUCUUUUCCAUCCCACCAAUUCGGUAUGGGGUCUGAUUAGCCGAUACUACAAUUCGUAUCUAGCAAAGGCAGAUGAGAGAGUAGGAAUACAAGUCAGAGUUUUUGAUGAAGGAGGAACUGGUCCAUUUCAGUAUGUGUUAGAUCAAAUUCUUGCUUGCACAGUGAAGGAAAAGCUUCUUCCCGACCUGAGUCCCGGUCAAGAAGCUGCAGUUCUAUCUCCAAAUGCCAGAUCAAUAGCCGUGCUUAUGACUUCUUUGGAUUCAGGAUACUAUGAGAAGAUCAGAAACAUGUUCUGGGAGCGGCCUACUUCGAGUGGAGAAAUCAUCAGCAUCUACCAACCGAGCUACGAAGGGCACCAACAGACCGAGAAGCGAACGCACAACAUGAAAGCGCUGGCAGAGAUGUACCUGUUGAGCAUGACUGAUACGCUGGUCACGAGCGCGUGGUCGACGUUUGGGUAUGUGGCACAAGGUCUCGGCGGUCUACAGCCAUGGAUUCUGCUCAAGCCGGAAAACAAGACGGUUCCUGACCCACCUUGCCGGCGAGCAAUGUCGAUCGAACCUUGCUUCCAUGCCCCUCCCUUCUACGACUGCAAGACCAAGCAAGGCAUCGACACAGGAGCUCUAGUUCCGCAUGUGAGGCACUGCGAAGACGUUAGUUGGGGUCUUAAGGUAGUUAAUCAGGAUGAGUGGUGACUCUCGAGCAUCGGGCAUGCAGAGGACGAUUUUGCCAAACGAAGGAUUAGUUAGUAUACAUCGGGCAUGCCAAUUUUAGCUUUAGCAUUGUAUCUCUUUUUUUAUAAAAGAUAAACUGAAGCAUCGCAAUAGUCACAUCGCAAUAUCAUCUUCAA